AAAAAUUGAUCCUUCUUCUGUCUCUCUUCUGUAAAGGUUUUGUUUAAUACAGAAGAACAAGAUAAAGGCUUAAUAGAUUUCAAAACAAAAUUGCCCUCAGACAUCCAAGGAAGGAAUUAGCAGCACUAGCUCUCAAGCCUGGCAGGGCGAAAGCUCUUAGGCGGCAACUGCGAAUGUAGAGAAACAAGCCUUCACUUCUAUCAUCAUUGGGCGGAGUCAGAACGAACGCUCAACAAAAUAAAGAAUGGCGAACGUCAAAAUAAACUGCAAAUGUACAAGGGAACGAUUCAACCUAUCAGCUAAAUAAAUGUUCUUAUUUCUUUGCAUCAGACAUCCAAGGAAGGAUUAGGCAGCACUAGCUCUCCAGCCUGGCAGGGCGAAAGCUCUUAGGCGGCAACUGCGAAUGUAGAGAAACAAGCCUUCAUUUCAUCAUCAUUUGCAAUCAAAAUCCAUCAAGCAGACGGAUGAAACACUUGGCCAAGAAGACAAUGCUACACAAAAAUAUGUAUAGCUCAGGCAUCGCAAGAAUUUACAGCAGUAGCUAGCUCUCGGGCCUGGCAGAACAAAAGCUCUUACGUGGCUACAGCGAAAGUUCGUGUAGAAACAUGUAAUCACAUUAACCGGCUCUGUGGACACAUAGAGAAGCAGCCCCCAGGUUCCUAUCAACAUGUGAAAUGUUGAAACAACUUUGUUUUGGCCUAAUCAUAGCAUCUCUGGUCAAUGCGUUCGCUAACAGAGACGUGGCAUCAGGCCCAAAUUUCAUUUCAUUCAGUUGGAUAAUAGAUGACCAAAAGACAUGUACAAUACAUAUUACUUGCGGUUAAGCCUCAGCAAGCCAGACAAUUUUCGUCAUAAGUAAAUCUGACGGUAAUUCCAGAUGUAUGCUAAUCAUCAUUGGCUCACGUACGGAUUGCAUGUCAUUGCGAUGUUGUAAAGAUACCUGCCUAGAGCAAACAAUGGUAAAGAACAGAAAAUACAUAAAAACGUAAAUAAACAGGCAUAAUCGAAGAGUGAUUGCUGUAUCAUCAGAAAAGAAGGUACUUCUCACUCACAGUGAUGAAACACUGUGUCAGAAGGUGUCCUAAGAUUGUUUCGAGGUUUCAUCAUCUGAUACUACAAAGAAAAAUACAAAGACGUAGUUCAACAACACAGGAAGUGGAAACAAGAGAUUAAAUUACCCAACAGGAUGUCUGUGCAUCGCUCGCUGGGCAGAAACCGACCUCGGAUCAAGUGUUGGAUUAUAUAUCAGGUGAUCCUCUCUAUCCAAAAUCAAAAUACGGAGCAGGAAAAACAACGAAACGAGAAGAUUGAAAGGGGGCCUUUGGUUACUCAGUGGUGGCAAUAUGGUUAUUGGUUCGAUUCUGCCAGCGAGUGUCCUCAAUUCCUUCAGAAGAGGGAGCUCGGUAUCCUCAUCGCAACAGUCUGUUCCACGCUCAAGUGGAAAGAAAAAAGCAAGAGAGAACAAAAAACCUCGCCCCAAGAAAAUAUUUCGAAUAGAAAAUAAACGAGGCCCAAAGAAGGAAUUUGGAUGGCUCGGUUCAGCGGGAAAAUCGGCAUACAGAUCGAUCUCGUAUACAGAGAGACCUGUGAUUUGGUCUGUUGAGCUUGAAUAUUACCGAGUCGUCACUGCCAUCUCACUUCACUUGCGAAGAACCGAUUAGAACGAACGAAAAAAAACGAUGAGGCAUCCCCUGCCCGGAGCCCGCAGAUCUGGCUUGGCGCUGGCAUGGCGGCGGAUGAAUUGAGGGGUGGGGUUCUACCUAGAGCUAAGCGGCCAUUGAGGAAUCCUUAGAGGCGGCG